GGGGCACGGACACCCGCCGGAGACACCACGCUGCUGCCGGGAGGCCCCCGCUCUCACCUGGAACGCGCCAGCCCGAGCGUUCCGGGGCCGGCGGCAGCUCAUUGGUGCAGCGGGAGCCGGGGCCAAUGGGAAGGGGGACUACGACUCCCAGCCACGCUCGGGACCGCGCCUGCCGGGCGGCGUGUGCGCUGUGGGGGGCAGUGCCGGCCGGGUGCUACCGGCUCCCAGGGGAGGGCGCAGCCUGGAGGCGGGGUCACGCUGAUACGGCGCCGGCGUUGGAAGCGGAGCCUGGCUGGGGAAGGCGGCGGGAGGGUUUUUUUUGUAGAGACUUUGGAGUGGUUCUGCCGUUCCUGAUAAUUGAAAUGUACUAUGGAACAUGUUCAAGAACAUGAAGAGUGCCUUGUGCAAACCCAGAUGUACUGGGUGGAGAGACCGGUAUAUAACGAAGAGUUCUUACAAGGACAGCUGCACAAGAAGGAAAAGACACCUCAGCCUCUUAGCCAGAAGAUAGCACAUUCUUGUCGUUGUUCUUCCAAGAAAGCAAAGUCUCAUCUCUACAGUUUUUUACCAAUUUUAAAAUGGCUGCCCCGUUAUCCAGUGAAGGCAUAUUUGUUAGGAGACAUAGUCUCAGGUAUAAGCACUGGGGUUAUGCAGCUUCCUCAAGGGUUAGCCUACGCUUUGCUGGCUGCUGUUCCCCCGGUAUUUGGCCUAUAUUCUUCAUUUUAUCCUGUUUUUCUAUAUACCUUUUUUGGGACCUCCAGACACAUAUCAAUAGGGACGUUUGCGGUGAUUAGUCUGAUGAUUGGUGGAGUUGCUGUCAGAGAAGCUCCUGAUGAAAUGUUUAAUAUUAUGGAAUCUAAUUCCACCAAUAGCACUGAUCUCCUUGAAAACUAUAAAGCCAGAGAUGCUAUGAGGGUAAAGGUAGCUGUGGCCGUCACCUUGCUUUCAGGGAUCAUACAGUUGUCUUUAGGUCUCCUUCGGUUUGGUUUUGUAGCCAUCUAUCUAACGGAGCCACUGGUACGAGGGUUCACUACGGCCGCGGCAGUUCAUGUCUUUACCUCCCAAUUAAAGUAUCUGCUUGGAAUCAAGACAAAACGCUACAGUGGAGCCCUUUCAGUUCUAUAUAGUUUAAUUGCUGUACUUUCAAAUAUCACAAAAACCAACAUUGCAACCUUAGUUGUUGGAUUAACAUGCAUUGUUUUGCUGCUGAGUGGCAAAGAAAUUAAUGACCGGUUUAAGAAGAAACUGCCAGUUCCUAUUCCUAUGGAGAUCAUUGUGGUAAUAAUAGCUACUGGAGUUUCAGCUGGAAUGAAUCUGUCCAACACGUAUGAAGUGGAUAUUGUUGGGGAGAUCCCUAAAGGAUUACUUGCUCCAAAAGUACCUGAUAUAAAUCUCAUCCCAGCAGUGUUUGUAGACGCAUUAGCAAUAGCAAUUGUUGGCUUUUCCAUGGCUGUAUCAAUGGCCAAAAUCUUUGCACUUAAACAUGGCUACACUAUUGAUGGAAAUCAGGAACUUAUUGCCUUGGGAAUAUGUAAUUCUGCAGGAUCCUUCUUCCAAACCUUCUCGAUCACAUGCUCAAUGUCUCGGAGUCUUGUUCAGGAGAGCACUGGAGGGAAAACUCAGAUUGCAGGUACGCUGUCCUCGAUCAUGGUUCUGUUAGUCAUUGUGGCUAUUGGUUACCUCUUUGAACCACUACCACAGACUGUGCUAGCUGCGAUCGUAAUGGUGAAUCUGAAAGGAAUGUUUAAACAGUUUGGAGAUAUAACACAUUUCUGGAGAACCAGUAAGAUUGAACUGGCCAUCUGGAUUGUUGCUUUUGUGGCCUCUGUUUUCCUGGGACUAGACUACGGCUUGCUUACUGCUGUGGCGUUUGCAAUGAUAACCGUUAUUUACAGAACACAAAGUCCACAGUACAGAAUCCUGGGUCAAAUUCCCAAUACAGACAUUUACUGUGACGUGGAAGAGUAUGAAGAGGUGAAAGAAUAUCCUGGAAUAAAAAUAUUCCAGGCCAAUGCCUCCCUCUAUUUUGCCAAUAGUGAAUUGUAUGCAAGUGCACUGAAGAAAAAGACUGGAGUUGAUCCAUGUGCUGUAUUGGCAGCAAAGAAAAAAGCCCAGAAAAGGCAUGCCAAGGAACUAAAGCAGACAAAUGAACACAGGAAGAAAGCAGUCUUGAAGCUUGUGAGUGCCAGAACAAAUGACAUGGAAACAAGCGUAAAACACGAGGUAAUUAAUGAUGAGCUACCCCUAAAUGGAAAAUCUGCAGAUGCAAAUGCACAAGGCACAUCUCCUGAUGAACUUGAACACUUUAUGGAGCCAAUGACAAAUGUUCACUGUAUAAUUUUGGACUUGACACCAGUGAACUUUGUGGAUUCAGUUGGCGCAAAAAUGUUAAAAUCAGUUAUAAAAGAAUAUGAAGAAGUUGGUGUUUUUGUGUGUAUAGCCAGCUGCAGUGGCCCUGUUAUGGAUGAUCUGACUCGACUUAACUUUUUUGAAAAAUCCACCACCAGAGAUUUGCUGUUUCACAGUGUUCACGAUGCUGUUCUCUCCUGCCAGCUGAAGGUUGGGUCUGUUCCACAAACUGCCUCAGACCUCUUUGUUAGUACUUCAGAAUCACACAUGGAGAACUGAAAUCUGCAUAAUUCCAUGAGAAAGAGAGACUCUACCAACACUUAAUUUGCACAGUAUAAACCGAGCGUAAGACUAUCCACCUCUACGGGUAUACUGUAUAGAGGUGGGGUAGUUUGUUUGCUACAGGAAUAAUGAACAAACAGUUUGCUGCCUUAAUACUUUUGAACUGUGCUCUUCCUUACCUGAAUCCAGGUGUAAGUUAAACCCAACAUGCAAACAUUUUAUUUGUAUGUUGUUGAAAAUAAUGUAUUUUGCUGCGGACAGGAUAUUAGAACAUUCUGAUGAGGGUGGGUUACGUUUUUAGAAACAUGGCAUUGGAGGAUAUUGCACUAAGCUGCAUAUUAGUUCACUUUGGAUAAAAUAUUGAAACAUCUGGAGUGCAGGUAAUGGACAAAUUGAUAUGUCACACACUGUUUCCAGCAGAGUGGGAUCUUGCAGAAAAUACCUUUUCUACAGUUACCAAUACAAUGCAUUGUACUAUUGUCUUAAAGGGUUUUCUUAAUCAGAUUCAAAAACUGCUGCCAAUGUGUAUAUAGCAGGAGUCGGCAACCUGAGACACGCGUGCCAAAGGCAACACGCUGCUGCC